CGCCAGAAUAAAAUCGCCCAAGAUGCCUUCCACUCACAAGAAAGAGAAGCCAUGGGACACGGAUGACAUUGACAAGUGGAAGAUUGAGGCUUUCAAACCAGAAGACAAUGUGGGGGGCACAUUCACAGAAGAGUCGACAUUCGCCACUCUCUUCCCCAAAUACAGAGAAGUCUACCUCCGCGAGGCCUGGCCCCUCAUCACAAGGAGUCUCGAGAAGUUCGGCAUCGCAUGCACGCUCGAUCUCGUUGAGGGUUCCAUGACCGUCAAGACCACCCGAAAGACCUACGACCCCGCCUCCAUCCUCAACGCCCGCGACCUCAUCAAGCUCCUAGCCCGCUCGGUGCCCGCACCACAAGCAGUCAAGAUCCUCGAAGAUGGCGUCGCAUCCGACAUCAUCAAGAUCCGCAACCUGGUUCGCAACAAGGAGCGCUUCGUGAAGCGUCGCCAGCGUAUCCUCGGCCCCAAUGGCUCCACCCUCAAAGCGCUGGAGCUCCUCACAGAGUGCUACAUCCUCGUCCAAGGAAACACCGUCUCGGCCAUGGGCCCAUACAAGGGUCUGAAAGAGCUGCGCCGCAUCAUCGAAGACUGCAUGUCGAAUAUCCACCCCAUCUACCACAUCAAAGAGCUCAUGAUCAAGCGCGAGUUAGCGAAGGAUCCGGAGCUAGCGGGCGAGAGCUGGGACCGCUUCUUGCCGCAUUUCAAGAAGCGCAACUUGAGCAAGAGACGUGUGCCGCUGAAGGUUACGGAUAAGUCGAAGAAGGUCAGGACGCCGUUCCCGCCACCGCAGGAGAAGAGCAAGGUCGAUUUGCAGAUCGAAAGUGGAGAGUAUUUCCUUAAUAAGUCAGCCAAGGAGAGGGCGGUGCAGGAGGAUCGCUUGGAGAGGCAGAAGGAGAAGAAGAUUGAGAAGCUGGCGAAGAGGGAGAAGGAAUUCGAGGCGCCGGAUGAGGAUGGUGAGAAGAAGGAGAAGAAGAGGAAGAGGAAGGCUGAGGGAGAGGAAGAUGAGGAGAAGCCGAAGGAGAAGAAGAAGAAGAAGAAGGCAAAGGCUGCUGAGGAGGAGGGAGAGGAGGAAGAGGAGAAGCCAAAGAAGAAGAAGAAGAAGUCAAAGGAUGUUGAGGGAGAGGAGGAGGAGGAGAAGCCGAAAGAGAAGAAGAAAAAGCGAAAGUCAGUGGCAGCAGACGAGGAAUAGGUUGCAUCGCUGGGAGCGACUGUCAUUUUGGCGAUGGAGUAUCAUGGCUAGCAUUUCGUGGAAAGGCGUUUUAUGUUUUCAGAUAUCAUGCCCUAGGACUGGAGGAGAUGGGAUGAGUUGGUGUGUAUGGUAGUGAGCCAAGCAGUACCAGACUGUGUAUUUAUUACCCUCAAGGAUGAUUAUGCAUAUCCCAUUCCACACCCGUCAAACCUUACUAUACUAUACAAUGAUCGUCACACAAACCCCCUUAUCCCCUAACCCACACACAACCCUCAAACCUCCGCC